UAACGUGUUGUCUCACCCUAUCUCUAUAGCCAGAAAAGCUGUUUUUUUCCCCUUCCACUUCUGCUGUAAGAGGACAUACACAUACUCCACGUCACCUCAAAUUGGUUUUGCAUCGAGCUUCGUCGUCGUAGGCAACACAAAGCUAGCCCUCGAAGAGUAUUCGGAGCAUAUUCCUCGUUUUGAACGGUUUUAAAGCGAGAAAUUAAAUCACCGGAGCCGGAAAGAUGCGUAGGAAAACCACGUCGGAGAAGACGCUAUUUUUUCAACUCCUAAACCCCGGAUACUUACUGGCUGCUUUAUCCGCUCCUACGAAAGGCAAAGGCUACUGGGUUCUGCCUGCUUCUAUAUAAGAGGCAGCCUGGCACUGGCAGGCCCAUCCCUCGUGGCCUCUCUCCCCUCCUCACACAGGCACACACGCACUUUCUGUCAGCUUCCUCCCCUGCGCCGAUAAGCAAGCCCGUGAGCCAACAGUGGUGCCAGCGGCCCGAGCGGCGAGGAUGCACAGCGGAGCGAGGAAGCUCAUGUGGGGGACCAGCCCGGACAGGCCCGACGACCACGACGUGGUCAUCGUGCUCGCCUCGCUGCUGUGCGCGCUCAUCACCGUCCUCGGCAUCGGCCUCGUGGCGCGGUGCGCGUGCGCGCGCGGGCCCAGCGCGCAGGCGGCGGCUGCCGCCAACAGGGGCGUCAAGAAGUCGGUGCUGCGCAGGAUCCCCACCGUGCCCUACGCCGCCUGCAGCCAAGGGGAAGGGGACGACGCGGACGAGUGCGCCAUCUGCCUGGCGGAGUUCGAGGAGGGCGAGCCCACGCGCGUGCUGCCCCAGUGCGGCCACGCCUUCCACGCCGCCUGCGUCGACAGGUGGCUGCGCGCCCACUCGUCCUGCCCCUCCUGCCGCCGCAUCCUCUCCCUCCAGCUGCCGCCCGGCGAGCGGUGCCGCCGCUGCGGCGCGCGGCCCCUGGACGACGGGGACGCUGGGUGGAAGCCCACCUACUACAGCGCCAUGCCGCCGUUCCUGGCGUAAGCGGCGGAGGAAUCGCCCGAUCCGGAAGCAAAGGAAAGCAAAGCAAAGCAAACCUUCGGGUUAAGUUCCUCGGCUGCAGAUUUCGGUACUGCCUGUAUGUGGUUGGUAGUGCGUAGCAAUCUGGGAAUGAGGAAAAUUAGGGGAUCAAUUAGGUUGUUUGUUGCAGCUGAAAACACUGCACUGCAGCGUGCGUAGUAGUAGUACUAGUACCAGGCUGGCGUGUACAGUACAGUUUGUAAAUACUCAAGUAAUUAAUAUGCAUGCGAUGAGCUUUGGUAUGGAU